AUAUCCAAGUCAUUUAAGAAAUGGUAACACUGGAAAUAAAGCCGUAGUGAAGGUCCUAUCAACGCUAUAUGAACGUGAUGGUGUCUAUGAAUUGGCUAUAAAGAUGUGGUCCGAAACUAUAACUAGUCCUGUA